UCUCAGUGUCUGUCAAAACCUUCUCGAAGGCAUUAUUACUGAAUCACUCGCAACACUCGUAGCGAGAAUGUAAGAGGAAUUUCAGCGCUAAUUCAGUCGUUGUGCGUCAUUUUAGUGUGUUGGUAAUACUUUCGAUUGACUUCACAAUAUUUGGAAUUCAUCCAAGAAACGAUACAAUAUUGAUCGAUCGCUCUUUUGGUUCUACUUUUGAGUGUCCUGGCAGCAAAAUUGAUUCAGGAAUAUUAAAUCUACAGAGGAGUUUGGUGAUAGUUGUGUGGAUGUUAAAACAUAUUUUAAAAAUUGUGCCCGUGUUGAAAUUCAAUCUCGUUAAUCGUAUGAUGAACGCAACAACGGGCCAUGAUGAGAUUUACAUGACAACGCCUGAACUGAUCACCAAGCACGGUUAUAUAGCGGAAACUCAUCACGUCUGGACUGAGGAUGGGUACCGUCUAGAGUUGCACCGGGUACUCUCACGAAAUCAGGAUAACGAUAAAAUAAAAAAUCCGAAACUCAGGGACCCGAACUGCAAUAUAGAAUCGGAAAAAGUACCAUUGGAGGGGCCAUUCUCAAAGAAACGGAUUUCCAAACGACCACCUAUUCUCGUCAAUCAUGGCCUCCUUUCCAGUUCGGCGGAUUGGGUGCUUUUGGGUCCACAGAAAGCUCUUGCUUAUCUUCUGGUUGAUCAGGGUUAUGAUGUUUGGCUGGUAAACGUAAGAGGGAACAGUUAUUCCCAAUUUCACAAAAAAUGGAACGUCAAGGACAGAGAAUUUUGGGACUUCAGCUUUCACGAGAUAGCACUCUACGACGUUCCGGCGAUGAUAGACUACAUUUUGGAGAAAACGAAACAAUCGAGUUUGCAUUACAUAGGCUACAGCCAAGGCACUACCUCGUUUUAUGCGAUGGUAAGUGAGAAACCAGAGUACAAUGCCAAAGUCAGGUCGAUGAUAAGUCUCGCACCGAUCGCCUUUCUAGCAAAUCAAAAAAGUCCACUCCUCAAACUUGUUGUGCGAUUCUACAGUGUGAUGGAGUGGGGCUCAAUUUACUGCAACAUACACCAAUGGUUUCCCCGUAAUAGGUUACAAGCUCGUGCCUUGGGCACGUUCAUUCGUAACAGUCCUGACACCUUUUCCAAGAGCUGCUGCACCUUCUGGAUGUACCUUGUCGCCGGAUUCGGAAGCAAUCAACUUGAUAAGUCGAUGUUACCUCUUAUCUUUGGACACUUUCCGGCUGGCGCAUCGGUCAAGCAAAUCAUUCAUUAUAGCCAGCUUAUUUUGUCAGGCGGCUUUCGUAAAUUCGAUCAUGGACCCACAGAAAAUCUAAGACGGUAUGGAUCGACUGAGCCUUCGCCGUACGAUUUGGGAAAAGUGAAAGUUCCGAUUUCCGUUUUUUAUAGUGAGAAUGAUUACCUCACACAUCCAACGGACGUAAAAAAACUCGUCGAUAAGCUUCCGAACGUCGUGUUGUUUCACAAAAUCGAGUACAACAAAUUUAAUCACAUCGAUUAUCUCUGGGGAAGGGACUCGAAGCCUCUGCUCUACAAUCACGUUGUCAAGGCGCUGCAAGAUGCGUAACUCGAUUCGAAAAUCCGCCAAUAGGAAAUGAGGACAUUGUUAAGAAAAAUGUCAAGGAAAAUCCACAAACAAACAAACAAAAAAAACUCUAUAAACAUUUUAAGGCUGCCACUGAUCGGUGUUUAAUUCACCGAUUUUCUAGUUUUCUUUUUUUAAAUGAAAAAUGUAAUCCAGCCAUUGAGAUUAAAAAGAAGGGAAAGAUUGCAUAAAAAAAAAAAAAUCGUCAAUUAAAAAUCUCUAUUUAGUUAUUUUAUUUUUGUAUUCUUUUAUUAAAAUUAAUUUUCUUUAAAAGAAAUAGAGUAUUUUAAAUUUGGCAGUGAACAAAAAAUGAGACAAAGUAUGUGUCUACAUGAGUGUGUGUGUGUUUGUGUGAGAAUGGAUACGUGUGUAGAACAAUGGUCGAGCUUCUGAUUUUUUAUAUUUGUAUUUUAACUCAAAAUCGAGUUUCUUCUUUAGAACCUGUAUUAUAAAAGAGGAAGAAAGUGAGUGCUUAGAAAAUAAGAUUAUGUUAUAAUGCAUUUUGUCUAAACUGCAGCGAAUAUUUUAUUAUAUUUAUUUAUAUCGACUUUAUUAAAAAAAGUUUUAGACAAA